CGCUCGCUGACCACAGUGAGUGAGGGGACCGACAGAGGAGAGGGGGCCCGAUGAGGCACAUGAUGAGAUAACGUUCAGAUAAACGGUGGACGUUUGGCCUCGGCAGGGUCGGUGCAGUUAGCAUGCAGCCGCCCGCGGCCACGACGUUAGCGUCGCUCGGCGGUCCUCAGGCUGGUUGAGUCUGCAACGGUUGAACUCGGCUCCGGUGACGCGCUGAUGCUCCGGGGGUGAACUCUCUCCUGAACGCUCUCCUGAAGAAAGGUAGUUGAUAGAAAGAGAAACCUCUUCUGACGACUCUUCGGACACCAUGGCCCCACACCCGGCCGUCCAGGCCAUCAUCGAUCUCUCCGCGGGAGCCGUAGGGGGAGCCGCGUGCGUCUUCAGUGGGCAGCCUCUGGACACGGCAAAGGUCAAGAUGCAGACCUUUCCGACGAUGUACCGCGGUUUCAUCCACUGCGUCACGUCCACCUACAAACAAGUGGGCGUCCGCGGUUUCUACCAGGGCACCACGCCGGCACUGAUGGCCAACAUUGCCGAGAACUCUGUGCUCUUCAUGAGCUACGGCUUCUGCCAGCAGGUCAUCCGCUACUCGGCCGGACUGGAGAGUGAAGCUGUGCUGAGUGACAUGCAGAAAGCCAGCGCCGGCUCAGUGGCAUCCAUCUUCUCCUCGCUGGUGCUCUGCCCCACCGAGCUCGUCAAGUGUCGGCUGCAAGCCAUGUUUGAAAUGGAGGCAUCGGGCAAGAUAGCUAAAAGCCAGAACACAGUGUGGUCAGUGGUGAAAUCCAUCAUGAGGAACGAGGGGCCGCAGGGUUUCUUCCAGGGCCUGACCACCACCAUAGCCAGAGAGGUCCCAGGUUACUUCUGCUUCUUCGGGGCCUAUGAGCUAAGCCGCACCGCCUUCGCAGACUACAUGAAAUGUGCCAAGGACGACAUAGGUGUGGGUCCAAUUGUGUUCAGCGGUGGUUUGGGAGGAGCGUGUCUGUGGCUCAUAGUCUAUCCCAUGGACUGCGUCAAGUCUCGGAUCCAGGUCAUGUCGAUGACUGGCAAACAGGCCGGCUUUUUCAAAACCUUCAUGACAAUCGCUCGCAGUGAAGGUGUGAGGGCGCUCUACUCUGGCCUUACCCCCACCAUGAUCCGCACCUUUCCUGCCAACGGAGCUCUGUUCCUGGGUUAUGAGGCCAGCCGGAAGCUCAUGAUGAAGCAUUUUGACAGCUAAAAAAAAGACCCAUAUGCACAAAACAAUUAUCGUAGGGGUGAACCAGUAUUACAGCCAUACAACCUCGUCUGAACUCUAGUUGAAGAUUUGAAGCUAUUUUCUGUGUAGGAUCUGGUUUUCACCAUUUCUUACCUGUGUUGAACUCGCCUAGAAACUGACACACUCCAUCUCUUUUAAAUUUCACAUCGUGUUUACAUCUUUUAAAACAUGAUAUAAAUUUACUUUUAGAUCUAAUAUUUUAUUUUUAAACACUCCUGAAAUGCUACAUUACAUGUGGAAAAAACACAUCCAGCACAGUACUGAGAAACAUUAACCAGCCUCUUUGUGGGGGGUUGUCGGCACACUCUGGUUUAUUGUUUUAUGUCUACCUCAACAAAGUCAUGUCCGGACAGAAGCAUUAGUCUGCCAGUCAUUUGUAAUCAUUCUUUACUCGCUCUGUUUGCAGGUACAUGAGUGAGAGAAGUUCUCCGAUAGGUUGAGAUAUUCUUUAAAGGUCCGGUGUAUAGGACUUAGGGGGGAAUUUAAAAUUCAGUUAUGUUUUCAAUAGUGUUUAAUCAACUGAAACUUAUAAUUGUUGCGUUUCCGUUACCUUAGAAUGAGCCCCUCAAGAUUUUUGCAUGGAGAUUUUAUUUUUAAUUUGUGAAGUGGCAUAUACUAAUUCAUUUAAGUUGCCUAAAAUAUGUUUCGAUUGCAUAUUUUUCAAUCGUGUUAUUAUUUACCGUUUCAGAGCAAAGAGGACUCCUCAGUUUUGGUACCAGCUACUCUGUUUAGGUUCGGUCACAUAAAUGUAAAUCUGCUGAUAAGUGUACUGGAUUAUUUGCUCGCUUUUCACACUGAGAAGGUUUGUUUUUCAAACAGUGUUGACUGAAGUGAUACUAGUUUCCUCAUCCCUGAAGGAAUAUACAACCAGCAAGUGUUUUAAAGUUGAUCCAAAAAUAUGAUCAUGUUGCUAAUGAAAUGUUGAGCAUUGGCUCGGAGGUCACCCUGCCUCAUACCGAUUCUUGUUUCACCAUGUGAUAUCUCACGUUGUACAACCUUUCUUGUUGUGUACAGGUCAACGAGAAAGUAACAGCUGCCUUUUCUAAUGUGUCAUUUGCACACUGCGUUCAUUAUGCAGGAUUUUUUUUUCUCUCCAGUGCUUUUUCUUAAGUCAUAUCCCUGUAAUUUAUAAUUGAGAAAUACCAAUAUUUUACCCAUAAAAUUAUGCCGACACAUUUGUAUAGAGAUCAACCGGAUUGUUGUGAUACAACCUACAUUAAAGGUGUCGGUAGAGACGAA